AAGGCAUUGACAGUCGUCUUUUGAAGCUUUGGAGCGGAGCUUGCUUGGAGCUCGGUCAACAACCUCCGGAUGCUUACGUAGAUGGUGGAGGCGAGCUUGUGAACAGCAUCUUUAUAUGUGCGUCAGCCAAGUUUUUGGUUGUUUCACUUGUCUUUCAGGAGUUACGUUCGCGCCUUGGCUGUCUUCAUUGGUGCAGCCUGGCUUUGAUCUUUGCUAUCGUAUUUUAACGAUGGUUUGAAGUUUUAUUCUGCGUUUCUCUUCGGAGAUGUGUAUUUUUAGGGCCUUUGAUCUUGGUUCUUGAUCUUCCCAGCGAUAGUUCUACUGGACACUUGGUGCUCUAGGAGAGCUAUCUAAGGGGCUUCAGAGAGUAUAAUUGAUCAUAGGGAAUUGCAUUGUUGCGUAUUAUGGUGGUAUGUUAAUUGUGAAUCUAUUCUAAGCAGCUCUUGUUGAUGCAGCUACAACAGGUUUUGUUGUCUUACCCGUUUACGAAAGUUGCAAGAACUUGAUAUAGACAGCUUAAUUUGUAGUGCCAGGAAUGAUAGUCUUUUAGAUGGGCUCAGCAAGCUUUCUUACUCUUGUGUUUUAUAACUAAUCGCUUAUUGAUUGAAGCACCGGCGGUCAUUAUUUUAGUUUUCAAAAAAUGAAUAAAUAAAAUAUAUACUUACCUACUUAUUUACUUUUUAAAUUUUUUUUCAAAAUUAUUUGAAGCGUACGGAAGAGCCACGUGCGAAAUUAUAGAAUGUUCCCUUCGCUUGUGUAUAUUAUACUGGUAUCCUGUUUUGGUUUGUAUAUUAGCUUGGUCGUGAAAUUUCAUUUGUCUACCUUAGGUUGAUGAAGUCCAAUUUAUUGUAGUGUCAGAAUUUUUUGAAGGAACCCUGAGUUUCGCUUUUGGGUCUGACUGAUCUUCAUUUCACGUCAAACUUAACCAAAUUAAGUCACAAGGGCCACCGUUCUUGUUUUAGUGUUGCAGCUCCAAGAUGUAUAACACGAGCAUCGAAGGGAGUAUUAUGACCACGAGCAAAAUCACUCAGAGUAGUUCACCACGAGGCGUUUUUCUCUUCACGGUGUAGGGGAGGGCCUGGAGCAAACACUGUGUUGCACACUUUCUCCUGUAAUUAUAUCAUGGAAGAGCCUAUUGUGGGCUCUACGGAAGAGCAUGCAGCGAGUGUACGUACAGAGGAGCCUCCAGCGUGUGGAGCUAUGGAAGAACUCUCAGUGGGUGUUGCUACGGAAGAGCCACGUGCGAAAAAGCUGCUGGUGUUGGAUGUGAAUGGGCUGCUUGUCGCUACUUACCACAAGCAUCAGAAGAUGCCUGGAGAAAAGCACCAUGCCAAGUUGGGCAAUUUUUAUGUUUACGAGCGCCCUGGUUGUGAGGAGUUUUUAAACUUCUGCUUUAAGUACUUUAUUGUUGGAGUUUGGAGUUCUGCGAGAGAACACAAUGUGAACUCUCUGGUCAACCAUAUAUUUAAGGACCUUAAAGAUCGUCUUUCUUUUUCGUGGCAUCAGAGGCAUUGCACCACUACUGCAGUUAUGCAUCCUGACAACAAUAAGAAGCCAAUUUUUCUGAAGGAGCUUUCUAAGCUUUGGGCUGAAGUGGAGCCUGGAACAUUUGAUCAAUCUAACACGCUCCUGAUUGACGAUUCACCUUACAAGGCUUUGAAAAAUCCUCCCCAUACAGCCAUUUUCCCUCGAUGUUAUAAUGGGGACGAGGUAGAUGAUAGUUUUCUCUCGGAACUGCGUGCUUACCUCGAGGGACUGCAUAGUGCAACGAAUGUGCAGGAAUAUGUGAGUAAAAAUCCUAUAGGUGAGCCCAGGAUCUCGUCAGCACAUCCUUUGUGGAGUUAUUUCUCCUCCAUUCUUAAUGAGGAUUCACAGGUAGCAGCUGAAGCUGGUGGAGUGACCCCUGUUGUGGCUAUUACUGCGGAAGUUGAGGAGUAUGCCAAGCAGUUAAAUCCGGAAGAAAUUGAAUUGGAAGAUAUGGACCAGCCAUCAGAUAGGAGAGAUUCAUCCCCUGUUGGAGUUGGUGCACAUUUUAAUAGAAGCAGAGAGCGUGAAGAUAUUGACCAGCGGUCAGAGAGGAGAGACUUAUCCCCUUCUGGAGUUGGUGUGCGUCCUAAUAGGAACAGAGAGACAGUAGAUGUGGAUCAGCCACAUGCGAAGAGGAAUUUAUCCCCAGUUGGAGUCAAUGCUCAUUUUAGCAGAAGCAGAGAGCCUGAAGAUAUGGACCAGCCACCAGAGAGGAGAAAUUUAUCCCACGUUAGAGUUGGUGCGCACUUCAAUAGAAUUAGAGAGCCUGAUAAUGGGCCUGCAGAAGAUAGUCGUAGGCGGCGAAAUGCUGGAAAUGGACAUGAAUACGAGGAUGGUAGAUUCCGCUCACGAAGAAAUUAUGAGCAGUCACGCGAACGGUCAAGGGAAAGAUCUCCCCGAAUGCAUAUGAACCAUUUGGACGACAGCAGAAAGCUUGCUUCGAACCGUCGUAGGGACGAUCCUGGUUUUGCCCUUCACUCAAGCAGUAGCUAUCAUGGAGAGUUCAAUACAAGAAGAUAUAGAGAUGUGAAAUUUGGAAGGAGUUGGCAUAAUUAUUCACGGGUUCAAGAGGCCCCUCCUAGCAGAGAAACUUUUGGAAGACGGAAUAGUGAGCAUGACAUCGGGAGAGCGUUAUCAUCACCGGGCAGAAGACAGUUCAAUACUUCUUUUAAUUUCAGAGACGCCCCUCCACCCUCUGUUUUCUCCGCGCGUGACUCAGGUCGUGGACUGUUGCCGCCACCUGGAAAGUCAUGGGAGAAUGCAGAACGGCCAACAGUGUACUAUGAUGGCUUUGGUGAAAGGAGGUCCAUUGCGAACGUGUCUUUGACCGCAUCAGCAGAGUUGGACAGAAGUUGGGAAAGACCUCCAAUUCCUGGGCGUGGGAGAGAUUACGAUCGGAGAUGGGAAGAGCCUCUGAGUUCUGGCCAUGACAGAGGGUAUGAACCUACAUGGGCUAGACCUUCAAGUUCUGGACGAGGGAGCGAAUAUGACAGGCGGUGGGAAGAGCCCGCGAUCAUUGGGCGAGGAGUCCAAUAUGACAGGAGGCGGGAAGAGCCUAUGAGUUCUGUCCGAGAGAGUGAUUUUGACAGGAGGUGGAAUGAACCUACUAGUGCUGGGCGAGAUAGGGGGUUCGACGCAGGAUGGGAUAGGAGCGCAAGUUCCAGUCAAGGAAAGGGGAAUGUUUCGAGAUGGAGAGAACCCGUGGUAGAUGUGGGGGGUGGAAGGGAAUACAACACAAGAUGGGAAGCACCUGCUCAUUCUGAAUACAGAAAGUACAACGGCAAUGAGAGGCGAUGGGAUCAACCUGGCCAUGCAAGGGAGCUUGAUUCUAAAUGGAGCAGAGCACAAACCAAUCAAUAUGUGACUCCUGUCCCCAGGGUUGACUACAACAGCCAAGGCUAUAGAACGUCGGGCAAUUUCAAGGGAAGAUACACUUCUACUGAUCGCAGCACCGAAGGUUAUAGAACGUCGAGCGAUUUCAAGGGGAGACAUACUUCUGUUGAUCGCAACAUCCAUGCUAGUUUUCGUGAUGACCACCGUUCUCAUCACUGGGGUGAUUCAAACCAUUAUCUGCGGUGAACUUCUUCAUUAGUCAUUGAAUUGAAACCAGAUAUUUUACGCUAUUUCUGGUUUGUGUUCUUGUAAGAACUUUAAUGUUGUCCUUAAACGUUAAAGUCGACACAAUGUUAUCGAUAUUCUUAAUUGUGUGAGCCAGAGCGUUGAUGUGGUUGGAGGCCACGAGAGUAAUCAGAGUUCAUCAUUGAGGUAGUUGAAAUGCAUACACUACUGCCAAUCCGUUACAUAUGAGUGGCAUAAUGCCUUUUGGUUAGAAUGUGGACCUUCUGGGAGAUAGGUCUCAUUUGCUGUACACAUGUAUCUCUUUAUGAAUGGUAUCUGAAAACCUUC